AUGCUUGUAUUUAUGAAGAGGGAUGACACGGUGAAUGGGAGGCCAGAAACGGCCGCUUUUGACGCCGUUUUAAGCCGCUCGCUCACCAUGGUCGGUCUUGGCGUCGCGUGCACCAAAGCCCACGGCCAACCCCGUUUACUGCCACCUGCGCUUCGGGUUGGCCGUGCCUGGUGCCUGGGCCCAUUGAUCGACCGAUGUCCAUUCGUGCCGCAGCCGCCGCAGGGCCCCAUCCUCGCUCACCCUCAGUCACCCUCCUGGCGGAGGGAACCCAUUUUUGGCUCCUCUGUUGACCGUUCUGCUUCCCUGAGUUUCCAUAAAUAUCGACCACCAUGGCCCCCGACCGACAGUUCUCUCACGCUCUCCAACAACUCCUCCAGCCCCAGGCCUGGGUUUCCAACGGGUGACUUGCUCAAAGUGAAAUAA